AUGUCGGAAACUAUUACCGAUCAUAUCGGCCAGCUGUUCAGCCGACCCGUUUUCGAGUCUCUCCUCAAACGUCGUUUCUUUUUCACCGAGUCAUUCGAAAUAUAUCGCACUUCAAGUGGAUUUAAGGGCGAUAACCGGGGCCUUUUCGACUAUGGCCCACCGGGAUGUGCGUUACAAGCAAACAUUGUCGAUAUUUGGAGAAAACACUUUGUGCUUGAAGAGGAUAUGCUAGAGCUUGACUGCACUGCCAUAACUCCAGAAGAUGUCUUCAAAACAAGUGGCCAUGUUGAUAGGUUCGCUGAUUGGAUGUGCAAGGAUCCUGCAAAGGGCGAAUACCUUCGAGCUGACCAUCUCGUUGAAAAUGUGCUAAGAGCAAGACUGGAUGGCGAUAGAAUAGCGCGUGGGAUUGAAUCCGAUCGCCCAAACGAUGCUGCUUCCAGCCCGGAUGGCACUAAAAAGGAUAAGACAAAGGUUAAGGAAGUGAAACCAAUAAAACUAAGUGAUUCUGCAGUAAAAGAGUACGAGGAAAUCCUCGCGCAGAUUGAUAACUACGACGGGGAAGCCUUAGGCCGACUAAUAAAGCGGCUUGACAUUCGAAAUCCCGAUGGCAAUAAUGAAGUUCUUGAGCCGAAGCUUUUCAAUCUCAUGUUUAAAUCUACAGUCGGCCCGAGCGCUGCUGCUCCCGUCUACUUACGGCCGGAAACAGCGCAGGGUCAGUUCCUGAAUUUCCGGAAAAUGCUGGAGUAUAACAAUAAUACCAUGCCAUUUGCUUCUGCAUCCGUGGGGAAGUCAUACCGCAAUGAGAUCUCACCUAGGGCUGGCUUGCUGCGGGUCCGGGAGUUCUUGAUGGCGGAAAUCGAACAUUUUGUUGACCCCGACAAUGGAAAGAAACAUGAGCGGUUUGAGAACGUGCAGCAUCUGGAAUUGCCCUUUCUUGAUCAAAGCACUCAACUAUCAGGCCAAACAACGGCGAAAUACUUAUCUCUUGGUAAAGCCGUUGAGAAGAACAUUGUCAACAAUGAGACGCUAGGCUAUUUUCUCGGAAGAAUCUAUCAAUUUCUUAUCAAAAUUGGUAUUGACCAGUCUAAGCUACGAUUCCGACAGCAUCUAGCGAACGAGAUGGCCCACUAUGCUUGUGACUGUUGGGAUGCCGAACUAUUAACUACGUCUGGCUGGGUUGAGUGCGUUGGCUGUGCUGAUAGAAGCGCCUAUGAUCUUACUGUUCAUGCUGGACGAACUGGACAACGAUUAACCGUUCAGGAACCCCUUCCAGAGCCUAUACAAAUUGAGAAACUGGAAGCCAUACUGGAUAAGAAGAAGCUUGGGCCAAAGUUCCGUAAAGAUGCUAGAGCUGUCGAAUCUGCUAUUUCUGCGUUGAGCCAAGAUGCCCUUGAGAGGCUUUCCCCGGUUCUGGAAAAAAAUGGUGAAAUCUUGAUUCGGGUAGCGGAUCUAUCUGGAGGUGAUGGUACAGUGGCGAUCGGCAAAGAUCUUUUGAAUAUCAAGCGUGUCAGCAAAAUCGAGAACACGAGGGAAUACACUCCAAACGUUAUCGAGCCUUCGUUUGGCAUUGGUAGAAUCCUAUAUUCGCUUCUCGAGCAUGUGUACUGGUCACGGCCCUCAGACGCCGCUCGUGUGGUAGGUAUCAAUAGUGGCCUUAGCAUAAGUCUCGAAGCUAAUAUCAAUGUGCAGGUUCUCUCGCUCCCUCCAUCAGUUGCGCCGACGAAAGUGCUUCUAGUUCCCUUAUCGUCCCACCAAUCUUUCCGCCCAAUCAUUAAAAACUUAUCAUCUCAACUUCGUUCCUUAGGGAUUUCCAACCGAAUCGACGACUCUAAUGCUAGUAUUGGCAAAAGAUACGCACGCAAUGAUGAGUUGGGCACCCCAUUUGGUAUUACUGUCGAUUUUGAUACCGUGAAAGAUAGUACGAUAACCUUGCGAGAGAGGGAUACCACAAAACAAGUUAGGGGAACUACAGAAGAGAUCAUAUCCACCGUUAAACGCCUUGUUGAUGGGGUGGAGAACUGGGAGCAAACCUUGUGCAGGCUCCCGGUUUUCACGUAG